AGCUGACGUGAGCAGGGAGCAAGAUUGCAUGAGGAGUGUUAGUUUCGUGCCGAGUUAGGUUAGACUUGGUGUGUAUUUACGAGUUACGUCAAUGAUCAACAAAUAAUUAAAAUUCGCCACACCGAGUAAAUAGUACGUUAAUGAUGAAAUUAUGUCUGUUUUCUGAAAUCUCUGAUAACUUGCGAUGAAAUAAGAUUUUCACAGACCCAAUUAUGGGCAAAACUAGAAAUCGUAAGUCUCGACAGAAUCCGAAGGCCAAGAGUCAGCCUAGUUCUGAUUUAACUUCUGAAGCUGGUGGACGGGCUGAGAAAGGCAGCAGUGGUAACAGUUUACUGAGCUGCGACUCUCGUACACCCGCUACUAGAGCGUCACCGGACAACCACAUCAUCAGCAUGACAGCUGAUCCCUCCUCUGCCCUCAAGAGAAACCUCUACCGACACACACCUAAUGGAACAGGAAACGGGAAGAGCGUCGCGGAGAGCGUGAAUGGGGGCAGUACAGGCGGCAUGUCGAUGUCUCUGCAGGACAGAAUAAAGGAGAAGCAGGAGCGCCAGAAGCUGGUCCUGUGGAGACGACCGCUCACUACACUGCACUAUUUCUUGCUCGAGACGUGGCAUCUGUGCAGACACUACCUCACUAGAGUAUGGCACCACAAGAAGGCUGUGGUGGCAGUGCUGGCGGUUGUCUUGCUAUAUUAUGCCAUCAAAGCCACGCCAGGACCGCAUCAACAGGUUAUGGGCCGCGUAUCGAUGUACUGGGUGUGGUGCGGCUGGUGGCUGUGGCUAGGCGUGCUCUCCUCAGUGGGUCUGGGCACGGGACUGCACACCUUCCUGCUCUAUCUCGGCCCCCACAUCGCCUCAGUCACCAUGGCCGCCUACACCUGCAACUCUCUCAACUUCCCCGAGCCUCCUUAUCCUGAUGAGAUUGUGUGUCCAGACUCAGUAGAAGCUGCUCCCGUACUCAACAUCUGGACCAUCAUGAGUAAAGUGCGGCUGGAGGCCUUCAUGUGGGGCGCUGGCACGGCUCUGGGGGAGCUGCCGCCGUACUUCAUGGCGCGUGGGGCGCGCCUGUCUGGCUACGACCCCGACGACGAAGAAAUGGCCGAGUUUGAGGAGCUUCAGCGCCUCAAGGAGCGGCCCGAGGACAUGAGUUGGCUCGACAGGGCCAAGCUCAGCGUCGAGAAACUCGUUGAGAGGGUCGGCUUCUUUGGCAUCCUCGCCUGCGCCUCCAUCCCGAAUCCGUUGUUCGACUUGGCGGGCAUCACGUGCGGUCACUUCUUGGUUCCCUUCUGGACGUUCUUCGGGGCGACGUUAAUCGGCAAGGCGGUGAUCAAGAUGCAUAUACAGAAGCUCUUCGUCAUCAUCGCGUUCAAUGAAGCUCUUCUGACGAGCGCCCUGGACCUGCUGGCCAGCGUGCCUUUGCUCGGCCCAUCGCUUCACAAGCCAUUCAAGAAAUUCCUCGCCGGUCAACACUCGAAACUCAAACGAACUCCUGGGGCUGCGGGCACUGAAGCUAAGGAUGGUGUGAACUUCGUGUCUUGGGCUUUUGAUAAGUUCAUCCUGGUGAUGGUGACUUACUUUGUGGUGAGCAUCGUCAACUCUUUGGCCCAGAGCUACCACAAGCGCCUCAGUAAAGCAAGCGGUGGCAGCGCCAGCAAAAGGAAAAACGUUCCCGAGACGUCGGCCGUGCCUGCGGCUAGUAGACCCAGCAAAGCCAAGCACGCUAAGGAUUGAUAGCUAAUGAUUAUGAUAGAUAAUUUUGAUUUAGGCGCCUUGUCAAUAUCCAGUGCACUCGUCAUCAUCGGCUCACAAAAUGUGUCACCUUCUGUACCUAAGCUUUUUUCGCCCGUGUUUAAUUUAAUUCAUUGGUUUUAUUUCGUUUAGAUUAUUUAAUAAAGAAAUUAUAGAUGCACAUACAACUGACAGCGCUCCACAUUUUUUUGCGCCUCGACCUCGUCUUGUAGAGUACAGUAGCGAGUUGCGUAUUUUUUUGUCAUUAUCGCUCGUGAAAGAAUUUUUCAGGUAGGCGACGAUAAAUAUUUUUUUAAUCCAUUUGUAUUUCAUUAAAUCUCAUUUGUAUUGUACAAACUGUUCUCUGACAAGAAUUUUUUUGGUUGAUCGUGGUGUGUGAACAGUUUGGUGCUGCUUCUCCACUCCGUAACAUUUUUCACGUGUAUGCCGCUAGUUGUAAGUCGUUGAUACCUUAAGAUUUGUACUACUGACACAUUGAAUUGAGGGCUCUGUUGUUCUUGUGAAACUUGAGAUUAGUAUAAUCAAGCAUCAUUUAUGAACGGCACUGUGGGUGGGAAUAAGUGUUUACGUACGUAUUCAUUCAACUUGUAAUAUUAAUUCUCACAGUUAAAUACGAUAUGUCACGUAUGAAGUAGUGGUAUGGAUAUUGCACUGAUGAUUAUAAAUGGUUCUUCUAACAUGCUUCAAAUUUGUGAAAUUUACCUUCUCGAAUUUCUAACUAAAAUGACACUCGAAAUUAAUUUAUUCUUCGUUUUGCGUACUGAGAGAUUUGGAGGCUGAAUUAAAAUGGUCUGGUUUUAAAGUUUUGUGGUCAUGAAAAGGGACUGUCGUAGUUUUGCCGUGAUUCAAACUCUCUUUCAAAUUGUGAAAUUAAGGCAGGUGUUUGUGA